AUGUUAUUUUAAAAUUAAAAUAAGAAAAUAUUUUUAAGAAUUUGCUAAAUUGUCAAAUUAAAAAAUAAUUAUAUUUAUUUUAGAGAUUUAAUUAGCUAUUUUGUUUUUUAAUUAAUUACUUUAUAAAGGAUUAGGUUUUAACUAUCUUCUUAAUUUUUUUAUUUUUUGCUUUACUUUGAUUAAAUUUUAAGUUUAUAAAAGUUAAAAAAAAUGGAUAAAUUAAAAAUAGCUCUUUAAAAAUAAGAAUUUAAAGUCUUAGAAGAAUUUCUUUCUUCUUUGUUAUUUCAUCACACAGAAUUAGAAUUAUAUUUAGGAAAAAAAAAUAUUGGCAAUUAAGAAGCUUCUCAAAUAGCAAAAACCCUAAGAAAAUGUUAAAAUCUUACUAAGCUAAAGCUUGUGCUAUUUGAAAAUAAAAUAUCAGAAUAUGGUGCUGUUGGUUUGGGAAUCGCAUUUCUGUAAUUGGUAAAUCUUAAAAUUUUAGAAAUAAAUCUAAGGGAUAAUAACAUAGGUCCUAAAGGAACUGUGUAGAUUGCUAAUUCAUUAUCAUAUCUCCCACAACUGAAAAAUUUAACUUUGAAUUUAAAUAAAAAUUUUAUCGGUGAUGAAGGAGCAUCUAAAAUUGGUGAAGCUAUUGCUAAAAGCUUAAAUAUAUCUUUUUUAGAACUAAACUUAGCAAAUAACUAAAUUCUGUCAGAGGGUAUUUCUAAUUUAUCUGAAGGAAUAAAAAACUCUAAGUGUUUGAUAAAAUUGAUACUUGAUUUAUAUAAUAAUUCAAUCAACGAAAGUGAUUGCCAAAAUUUAAUUAAUAGAAUAGGGAGUAAUAAAAAUAUUUUCUAAUUAAAUAUUAUUAUUUCGUCUAAUUUGAUAAAUGAAGAAGCAUAAAAGAAACUAAGAAUAUAAGCAAAAAAAAUAAAUAGGAUUGUGAAAGGUUACUUCUAUCUUUGA